AUGGCAUUAUUGGGACACGGGGACAAUAAUGAGCAGAGUAUCCUCGGGAGUACCGAAGCUCUUGUCGUGUCCCAACUGGGCGGGCCGUUCGAGCUAAAGGAGCUUCAACUGAAGGAAAUGCGCAGCGACGAGAUUGUGGUCAAGAUGGUAGCCACCGGCAUUUGCCAUACCGAUUUGGCAACAGCGCAUGGUUUCAAAGGGCCAGGUCUACCCGCAGUCUUGGGUCAUGAAGGGUCUGGUAUUGUUGAGAAAGUCGGGGCAGAUGUCAAGCAUGUCGGUGUUGGAGAUCAUGUGUUACUAACGUAUAAUGCCUGCCUGGAGUGCACACCUUGCCGACGAGGCAAAUACUCGUACUGCAAGCACGCGGAAAGAUUAAACUUUGGUGGCUCACGAUUGGAUGGCACGAGGACGUUCUCAUACAAUGAUGAAGAUAUCAACUCGGCCUAUUUCGGCCAGUCUUCCUUUGCGAAGAGGGCCAUUGUGCGUGGGGUUUGCGCGGUCAAAGUCGAUAAGACGCUGCCGUUGGAUAUCCUAUGCUGCAUUGGGUGUGGAAUACAAACGGGCGCGGGCACUGUUUUAAACGUCCUCAAACCCCAUGUCGGAUCCUCGAUUGCUGUGUUUGGUGUUGGUGGUGUAGGACUGGCGGCCGUCAUGGCCGCGAAGAACUUCACUCCCGCCACAAAGAUCAUCGCCGUCGAUAUCGUGGAUUCGAGACUGGAAAUGGCUCGAGAUUUGGGUGCAACACAUGUCCUGAACUCCAAGGGACGUGAUAUUGUCGAGCUUAUCCAUUCCGUGACAGAUGGUGACGGCGUCGACUAUGCUUUGGACGGGACUGGCAAACUUGCGGUGGUUCAAGCAAUGAUAGCAUCGACAGCAAACAGUGGGAUCGCUGCCACAGUCGGCGGUGUGCCUGCUGGACAGCACGUCCAAAUUGAGCCAUCGACUUGGCUCCAGCGGAAUGUCAGUUACAUUGGAUCUUGUCAAGGUUCAUCGGUGCCUCAACAGUUCAUUCCAGCGUUGGCGGAAUUCUGGAGGCAGGGUAGAUUCCCUAUCGAUCGACUUACCAGGUCCUACCCAUACAAGGAGGUGAACCAGGCCAUUGAUGAUAUGCACCAUGGUCGAACAAUCAAACCCAUCUUGAUCUGGGCCGAUUGA